UUGAUCAGAUCGAAAACAUCCCCCGGGAACAGUUGGCUCGGAAAUAGAACCCCUGGACUACAACAUCUAUAUGCCGUCCAGCAAUGUGGCCGUUGACGACUGCAUGCGCACCUGCGCACAGAAUAAGCCCGCCAAGGCCACGUCGUGGACAUGGCGGAAUCACUCAGGCUCUGCGGCUAUUGCAUCAGUCGACACACGAGGAGCGGAAAAUACAGGACAUGGUCUUUCCUGCUCCGAGUUGCCGAGGCUCUACUCCGUCUCGUUCUUGGCUGCAUCUCGAGGAAGCGAAGCGGUGUCGGUCUUAUAUGGGUCCACUCUCGGUUCGCCAGCGAGGGGCCCUAAGUCUCGGGGACUGCAUUCCCGGCCACCUCAUACGAGAUGCUGACAAAAAGGAGCACAGUAGCUGCGUCUUCCACGUCUACAUAACGUGCCUCGUGACGACCCCGCUCGGCUCGAGUCAAGGUGUGGAGGCGCCCCCAACUCCACCUCCGCCUCCGCACUCCAUCUGCACAUCACAGCAAUGCUUUACCGAGCUAGUCGCAGAUGCUCUCGUGACUACACGUCCUUGCAGGCGCAUGGAACGUCGCCAAGCGACGAGUUUGCGAACGAGCGGGGCUCGCAGCGUGUCUCAUCCAGGGAGAUUGUGUAAUGAAGGGAGCGUGCUGCCAGAAUCGAAGAAAGCCAUGCACGGCUGAUGUAGUCACAUACGGACCAACGUCAGGGAUGCGGGUCAUACUGAUCAAGCAAAAAAGAAUGCACGCGAUCGUGUGUUUUCCCGGAUGGCACAACAUCUGCCGACGUGCAGUAGACAUGCAAUCUAGCAGUUUCCCGAGACUCCCAAGCGCGCCGACAGCUUGAUUGCAAAUGCCGUCAUGACGAUGGCUGACCAACUGAUCAAGUAUAACUACCGCGAGAUCGAGCUAUGGUGCGAGCACUCGCUUUCCAGGUUCGUAAUCGAUCUUUCAUACCUCUCUCAUCACCAUGCUUCGAACAUUUCCUUCAGUACGGCCUCUGGCUGCCGUUGUCGUUGCGGCAAGCUGGGCAAUAUCCGCAGGUAUGGGAAAAAA